AUGUGGUAUAAAUGUGCAGACCAUGAAAAAGAUAUAUAUUUAGAUACAGUGCAAUUAAUUAAUAAGUAUAACUAUCCAUCGGAAACUCAUGUUGUAAUGACAGAAGACAGUUAUAUGUUAAAUACGUUUAGGAUACCGGGAGAAGGGCCCCCGGUACUUCUGGUCCAUGGAAUAAGCGACAGUUCGGACUCAUGGCUCGUGUUAGGCCCUGAAUGUUCACUGGCUUUCUUGCUGGCAGAUGCGGGCUUCGACGUUUGGCUGUUCAACGCAAGAGGAAAUCGAUAUUGUAAAACAAAUGUUAAAGGAGUCUCAAAAAAGACCUUUUGGGACUUUAGCUUCGAAGAAAUAGGCAUGUAUGACGUGCCCGCAAAUAUUGACUACAUUUUGAACAAAACGGGCAGACCCACUCUAAGUUAUAUUGGAUUUUCCCAAGGAACAACUACUUUUUUGACAGCAUGCAGUCUUAGACCGGAAUUCAAUAGAAAGAUAAAUUAUGCUAUUCUACUGGCGCCGGUUGCUUGGUUGAACAACGCGGAGAAUCCUUUGUUAAAUUUUUACGCACUUAAUUUUAACAAUUUGAAGGAACUAUCAAGAAGUGCUAAAUUAUACGAAGUGUUUGCUUAUGAUAGAAAUAUAGGAUAUUUUGUUUCAGCAGUUUGCAAUAAUUCGUCUAGAUUAAAAGUAUUAUGCAAUUUAUUUUUAUAUUUAAGCUUCGGGCUGAAGAAUUUGAGUGCAUUGAGUCAGGACAGACUGCCAGUUAUAACAAGUCAUAUACCAGCCGGUGCAACCGCCAAAGCAUUCUUUCAUUUCCUCCAAAUGUACGUGAAUAAAAGAUUUGAAAGAUAUGAUUACGGUCCGGAAUUAAAUCGAAUUCGAUAUUCGGCCAAUAAACCUCCAGAAUAUGACUUAUCACAAAUCACAGUGCCAAUAGCAUUAUUCAUAAGUGACGCCGAUUGGUUUAGUAGCGUAAAAGAUGCAACUAAUCUAAGAAAAAAGAUUAACAGUAUAGAUAAGUUUAUUGUUAUCAAUAGAACCUUAGAGUUCACACACCUUGAAUUUGUUUAUGGUUCUAGAGUUAAUAGUAUUAUCAAUAAACCGGUGAUUGAGAUAUUGACCCGUUUGAAAUUAGACCACAGAUUAGACAGUUAUUAGCUUCGUAUUAAUUAGUGCACGAAUAACAUUUGUGUAAGCUGUAUUUAACUAGAAAGUGUUAAGGUAUUGUUAAGCUGUAGACAAAUUACUAUAGGCCUUUAAAUAAAACACUUUGUAAAGGAUUAAAACGCGUGUAAUUGUAACUGUGUUUUCACAUAAGAUUUUUGCGAUUACUAUUUUUAGUUAACCCGACGUUUUAAGACCUUACCAGAUCUCGUUUUCAGGGCGACUGCAGAUAUAAUUAGUCAAGAUAGUAUUUGUUAUAAUUCUUUAGGUUCUUUAUGCCUAUUUGUGUAUUUGCUACCAAAUUCCAGAUGUGAUUUGAAUUGUCUAAGUCAUUUUGUGUAAAAGUGUUG